CAAUUGCAUACGCAUUAAAACAGAACUUGAUACGAUAAUUAAAACUCAUGUCAAGAAUCGAGAUCUUUUGUUCUUUCUUCCUUUUUGGGUGCGAUCUGAUCAAGCCAAUGGAAAUGCUCCAGGAACGAGAACCGAUCGGUAUGCCAACUAAUCAGCCUCCAAUAAUUAUCAUGUUACCCGGAUGGCCGGAUGAUACGAUCCGAUCCCGUGCAUUGGGUCUUUGGGCAUCGUCAGCACAGCAGCCGGGCUAUAAGGAUUCUAGUUUCGUUAUAACCUGAGUUGAUAUCCCGCCCAAGCACGCCGCGUGCAGUUGACUCGCGCCUCCGCUGAUCGGCUCCGCAUCAAGAACCCAAGAUCCAAGCUAGGCCACUGCGGAAGCCAUGGAUGAUCCGCAGCAAGCAGAAAUGGCUCCGCCGGAAGACGCGCCGGCCGGCGUCCCCGCGCAUCCCCUGCCACACUCGUGCGCGGCGUCUUCCUCAACUACAUCGGCUACUGGCGGCCACGGUUCUUCGCCCGUCCCUCGGCGCGCCGCCCGGCGGUCGACUACGGUGACCUCGACUUCCUCCCCGACUAUAUAGCCGGGGGUACAACUCCAUCCUGGACCACUGCAACGGGCUCUUGCUCUACGGCAACGCCUGGCUGUACUGCGUGGCCAACCCCGCCACGAGGCGAUGGGAGCGUCUCCCGCGCAUGGACGCCAACGACUACGUCCCGUAUCUCGUCUUCGACCCCGCCCUGUCGCGUGGCUACGAGGUGUUGCUGUUCCGCCGCGAGCCCGAGAAGCCCAAGAAGUUCGACCUCAUUGAGUUUCUGUCUUUGCUGGAUGACAUGUCGGUCGGCGAGGAGGACGUAGAGAAUGAGGGCCAAGAUGAACCGGCUGGAGAACCUUCCAUGGAUGACUUGCAUCGUUUGACGGAAUGGCCACAGUCACAAUGGACGCUGCCUGUGUUCUCAUCGGCCACUGGAGAGUGGCAGGAGAGGUCAUUUGUCCGGGAAGGAGAGGCUGUCAAGACGAUGGCCAGUAUGCAACUGGAUGCGGUACAACCCAUGGAAUGGGGCCCAAGAUGGCGCUACAGUGUGUAUUGGCGAGGCGCGCUUUACGUCCAUUGCCGUGGUGCAUUUGUUGCAAGGAUAUCUUUAUCAGAUGGUAAAUACCGGGUAUUUAAUACACCAAUAGAUUUUGAGGAAAGCAAUGCAUGUCCUUAUCUUGGGAAGUCGGAAAAGGGGGUGUACUUUGUGACAAUUCACAAGUACAAUAACCUUCUCCGUGUUUGGAACCUCAGUGAAUCAAGCGGUCCAAUAGAUUGGGUACUAAAGCAUACUAUUGAGCUUGAUGAAUCUACUUUGUGGGCUGCGAUGCGUUUCUACCAACACGAGAUUAAUGGACCUUGGAUCUUAGAGGACAAUAACAACGAUGAUGUGGAAAACAAGAUGGUGCCGCUAAAAGAAGAUAUUGAAUGGAACUCCGAUGAGAUAAUGUAAUGAGUAACCAAGGCGGUUGUGAAGAACCAUACGGUCACAUUUAUUUCUUGGGUUUUCACCCGUACAAAGAGGUAAUUUUCUUAGGGUUGUCAUUUAUAGGAGUGGCUUAUCAUUUGAAUAGCUCGAAAGUUCAAUACCUCGGAAAACUACGCCCAAAAGAUUACUGCACAGCGUAUUCAAAUGGCAUAUAUGAAUCAUUUAUGUACACUCCAUGCAUGGUUGAGGAGCUUUCAAAGACUCCUCCAUAAUAUGUACGCAAAGGUUACCAUAUGUGAACUGCAAAUGGUUCAACAGUGCAAGAAAAAGUGUAUCAUAAAGUUCGAGUCUUAUUUUCAGCCAUGAAUACCAUAUUAUUUUAUACAUUCGCAAUCUUCUGAGGUAGUUUGUCAUCUGGUUAUGUAAUUUGUACUUUUUAUGCAUUUGAACCAACCAGUUGUCUUCUUGCAUAGUUCUACCUUCUUUUGAGGGAGCAUAAUUCUACAUGUAAGUACUGCAAAGUGUAGAAAUAUAUGUACUGGUUACAUAUGUCUUACUUCCCCCACGCUCUUCGAUCACUUCUGGGCAUGCAAAAGUAGUCCCGUGCUUUUAAAUCGUGUCAAAUUUUGCACCAUGUUAAUCAUCAUAAUAUAGUUCUAUAUCAGUUGCAUGUGAAAAGGCAUUCAUCAAUGGUAAUAUCAAUGAAGAACUAUGUGUCAAACAACCCCCUUUUGAAGGCCACAAGCAUCCUGACAGAGUGUAUAGGCUUCACAAAGUCCUUUAUGGGCUCAAGAAAGCUCCUUGAGCUUGGUAUGAUACACUCAAGAAGUUUUUGGAAAAGAAGGGCUUCAAACUAGGAGCCAAUGAUUCCACUCUCUUCACCAAAUCUUAUGAUGGUGAUCUAUUCGCGUGUUAAUAUAUGUGGAUGAUAUUAUUUUUGACAGUACUAACUCUCAUUACAAUGAAUAAUUUGCAAAUUAAUAGCCGAAAAUAU